CACACACACGCUGAGUGAAAGUGGGAAAUCCCGCUUUCUCGUUAUUUAGUCUGGUUGUUGUUUCACUUCAGGAGCGGUGAAGGAUUUGAGGCGGAAGCUCCAGAAAGACAUGCCCAGACACAAUAUGGAAACACAGAGGAGUCAAUGGGAUCCGCUCAUGAGAUCGCCAUGGAUUGUGAGAGUGGAGCCAGACACCGAAAGCAGCAGCACAGAGACCGAACGGCAUCGAGUCAAACAGGGAGGCGGAGUCUCACUGACAUCACCGUCGAUGCUGCUGCAGCAGCGAAUCACGGAGCUCGACCAGCAGAGGGAGGAGCUAAAGAUUGAGCUGCAGCUGGAGGUGGCGCUGCUGCGCGGCGAGCUGCAGGCCGAGGAGGAGUGUCUGCGCAGGCACACAGAGCAGCUGCAGGUGCUGCAGGAGAAGGACAGGCAGCGCAGGAGCCGGCAGCGGGCCAGCAGACAGAAGGUCUGGAUUUCAUCGGUUUGUGAUGUGUCAUCAGAAGGGGUGUGACGGUGCACAAACAUGACGGUUCAGUACAGCA